AUGCCCUCGUUCCUAUCCUCCCUCAAGAAAGAGCUCUACUCGGCCGCGAUGCUCACGUCGGGCGCCCCCAGCGUCAUAGGACCCGCCGGCGUGCCCGCUGACGAGCUGGAAGCUUACAAGAAACGCAAGGCGGCAGAGGCCGCGGCUGCUGCAGAGGCAGCGGGACGUCCGCCACCACCACAACAUAACGAAAACGAGGCGCACAAGGCUCGACAGCAGCAACAUGAUGCUCAACAAGACGCAGCUCUGGACACCACCACCCACACCGAGCCCCUGGUAGCUAGGGGGUCGCUCCCGCCAGUGAACCCCGUGACGACAUCGCGGCAUUGGUGGCAGAAAAAGCAGUCUGUAUGA